CCAAUCGCUGCUGGAGUUUUGCAUUUCGGUUUCUGCGUUAGGAAGGCAACAGAGUCACGCCGCAUUGGUGCUUGGCACCGCAACUGAAACGAACAUGGCCACCGCAGCGGAGCCGGCAGAACAGGAAGCCGGUAUUCUGACGCCGGAGUACAUGGCGUCGCUGCGGACUCUCUGCACGUGGACGCGACCAACGCUGGAACAGGUCAGCGACAUUUUCAACCAAGAGUUUCGGGACGUUUUGGGACUCGGUAUAACACAGCCUCUCGUCCCAGCCGAGCCUCCCGCUUCACCUGAGCCUUCCAUCCCAAUUGACGCUCCGUCAACAUCCCGCGGACGAACCCCCCGCUCUUCAAGAAAACGUGUCACCCAGAAGUUCACAGCCCGGCGGGGUCGCAGCCAGGGUCGCAGUCGCAAGUGGUCCAUAGCUGAAGAGCAUGAAGAUGAAAGCGCCAACGAGGGUGACACCACCUCUGGUGCUGCUGAUGUGGUCACUAAAGUUGGAGAGGACUACGGACGUUCCUGCACAUGGGAGCCCAAGGAAAAACGCUGCUGGCUCUUUGACAAGCUGGAUCGGUGGAACACCUUACUCGCUACUGGCUUACUUCAGCUAGUCGAGUUCAGGUGGGGCGAGUUCAGGCUGCAAGGAUACGCCGCGAUAGAUCUCACUCCGACGCCUCUGGAACACGUGCUUCGAGUGUCUCUACUGGUUCAUCUCUUGCUGAAAACGCACAGAUGCAUCCAGCGGGUCGAAGUAGACUUGGCUGUCACGAAGCUCGAAGAACCUGUUUUCUGGGACGCCCUUUACGGCUGCCCUGGCGUUCGUGAUCACUUUGAGUUCUGCGGCCACCACACUUUCUAUUUCCGCGAGGAAGAACCAGAAGAGUCCGUCCGCUGGGCUCAAUCGAUUGCUACCCUGACGGGCCUACGUUCACUGACCCUAGGAAAUAUUCUGCUCUCCCCAGAAGCCGCCGAGAUCCUCGGGAACUACGUGGAAGAAUCCAUUUCCCUUACCACGCUGAAUUUGAAACAUUUUGAGCCGGCUGAUGGGAUUAUUCCCUUUCUGAGACAUCUCGCUUUCAACAUCUCGGUGACGUCCAUGGAGGUGACCAUCGAAAUGCUAGAGAAUGAAGAAGGUCUGGUCUUUGCUGACGUCGUGCGUACACACGUUGCUCUCAACAAACUCGAGAUCCAUGGCUCGAAGGUCGCUACACCAUCGGCCUUAAUGAGAGCAGCGGUUGGAAGCCGGAGCCUCAAGACGUUUAUUCUCAAUGAGUGCAACCUCGCAGUUCUGGACCUCGCAAUCAUGUCUCGCGCCUUGUAUCGGCGCCCGCCGUCUCCGGUUAGUUUUCCGGGCGGGGCAUCAGCGUCCGAGCCGCCUACAAGUGGCCUGGAGAAUCUCAUGUUCUACAAAUGCGGCAAGGAAGAGGAUCGGAUGCUGGAAGUAGCCUUCGCCGAGCUUAUCACAGGGGGACUACGCCUACUCUCCAUUAGGGAAUGCUACCUGAGGGACACGUUCGCCGGACACGCUGCAUACCUACUGCAGAUGGACCGACGCCUUCAGCAUCUCUACAUUCAGAAUAACUGUUUGGGCCCUCUGGGGAGCCGAAUGAUGCUUAAAGGUCUGGCGGCCAACUCCACGCUGGAAGUGCUUGGCCUCGACUUAGCUCACCACCAACAUCUCAUCGCCGUGUUCGCAGUUAUGUGGCAAUACAAUCUCGCCUCUCGUCUAGUCGUCCACUGGCAUAACCCACUUGGUCGUCAGUACGCAAUUGCACGAACAUCGUGCACAUCGAGCACCGCUUAUCUGAACUUGUCCUGGCGGUGGCCCCAGGACCUGCAGCUGCUUCUGAACACACUCGGCCAGUGUCAUCGCACGAAACAGGCAGAGAUUGAGUUCCGACCACUGCCACCACCAGACUAUGUAUUGCUCCUGGCCCUUGCUCUCGAAAAUAUGCAGUAUAUCAGAAUAUUGGAGCUCUCCCUCACGAUACCAGAGCACCACGUUGUCCGGGUUUUUCGUGGUCUGGAAAAAAACAGGACCAUUCAACGGUUGACCAUCACACACACAAGAUUCACUAAAGAGGCCGUGAAAGCGCUGGCCCGAGUCGUUGCGCUGAACACGACUCUCACCGUGCUAAAAAUAGAACUCCUCCACUGCGGUGGCAACCAUUGGUACCAGCUGAAGGACAUCUGCUACGGGAUUCGUGAGGCCAUGCAGAUCAACUACUUCAUCAUCGACCUCUCCGUCUGUGUGGCAUCCGAGAACCGCGCCAGCGACUAUCAUAUAAAAGAAGCCCUUAGGCGCAACAUGGUGCUGGUAAACGAAGCCAUUCGGUUUAUCUACGGGUGGAGGGGAAAGACUCAAGCCCUAGCCUUCGAUGCCCUUCGGUACGCGGGCUCCUUGAAGUUUGCGUUAGAGGACUACUACGGCGCCGAAGAGGACGAGUAUCGCGUUCUCAUCAGGGACGCGCUGCAACAACUGGCCGCCAACUUCAUCUUCUACGCCGGCAUCGUCAAGAGCAAGCUUCAGUGCUACCCUCACACUGAAGAAGGCCGAAGAGGAGAAAGAACGAUUGACAUCCUUGACCCCGAAAUCCUUACCUACAUGUUCCGCUACCUCCGCCUCAGUGACAUUGUGAACCCUUGAACCUCUGUACGCUAAAACCUGUUCCUACAGUGUCAGAGAAGGUACUGAUGCUUCAACUGCUAAGCUUUCGAGAUGGUGAUGCAUUGGCAGAAUUUUUCGAUGGUUCAGAUCCAAAAGUUGGCACUUGGUCAUGACUCUGAAAAGAAACGGGCUUUUAAAUAUGAUUAGAGGUUGGGGCUUUUGAUUACGUUGGUAUGGCUAAUAUAUGUAACACGGAGCUACAUUGUUCAUCAUGUCGUUCCUUUUUUGGUGUAACAACAGCAUUAAAAUGUCUCAUACAGAUGGUUUCGUAA